GCCGCCGCCCCGCCGGGCCCCGAGGGCGCCAACGGCAGCGGCGGCGGGACGGUGGUGACGAUGGCGGUGGUGCUGCCGCAGCACAACCUGAGCUACCCGUGGGCCUGGCCGCGCGUGGCGCCGGCCGUGGCGCUGGCGCUGGAGGCGCUGGAGCCGUCGCUGCGGGCCGCCGGCCUCUCGGUGCGCACCUUCUUCAACACGUCGGAGCUGAACGGGGCCUGCUCGGAGUACGUGGCGCCGCUGAAGGCCGUGGACCUGAUGCUCUACCACGACCCGGACGUGCUGCUGGGCCCGGGCUGCGUCUACCCGGCCGCCUCGGUGGGCCGCUUCGCCUCGCACUGGCGCCUGCCGCUCCUGACGGCCGGCGCCGUGGCCUCGGGCUUCAGCCGCAAGAAGGAGGGCUUCAGCACCCUGGUGCGCACCGGCCCGUCGGCGCCCAAGCUCGGCGCCUUCGUCGCCCACCUCCACGAGCUCUUCAACUGGAGCUCGCGCGCCGCCCUCCUCUACGUGGACCGCAAGACCGACGACCGCCCCUUCUACUUCACCAUCGAGGGCGUCUACGAGGAGCUCCACGAGGCCGCCAACCUCACCGUCCGCUACCACAUCUACGCGCCCGGCGACGACGCCGGCGGAGGAGGAGGCGGAGGAGGGGGCCCGGACACGGCCGUCCAGUUCAUCAAGGCCAACGGGCGAGGUGAGCCAGCCGGACGGGCCGGACGGGCAGCCGGCGCCGACGCCACGGGCCCGGCCCCCCUCCCCGGCCCCCAGCCCAGACGCACUGCUGGCCUCCCCCCCUUCCAGGAGCAGGCCUUCCGAUACGUCUCCUUCACGCCCACAUCGUACUUCCUGGGGUGGGGCCGGGGGCUCUCACGACCCGGUCGUCAGUCCUGGGCGCUGGGAGCGAUCCUGCGUGGCCUUUGGAGCGAGAAGCCACGGCCUGAGCCCGCCCUCGGGAGAAGGCGCCCAGCGCUGGCCAGGAGCAGUGAGGAGAAGGAGGCCGUGCAGAUCCACGUUUCCUCCCAGGAGGAGGGUGUGGCCACCCUGAGGCCUGAGAACCAGCGUGGGGUGGUGGCGGCGGGGGUGGUGGUUAAGAGUGCGCUGGACAAGGGUCAG